UGAUUGUAUUGCGCGCUCCAGUCGUCGUCGUCGACGUCGUCGUUUGAAUACUUUCAGUACGGCACUUGAACUGCUGAAAUUGGAUGCUGAGAGGCGCUCAUGACCGGGUGAGUGUAAAUCACUGGCCCCGAUGCUGGUAGAGGAAAGCGCAAAUUCUGCGGUAGGGUACGCGCAGGAACAAUAACAACAAAUUUAUCAAUUUUAAUCCGCAAUCGAGCAGCAGUAGCCGGGUGUCAUCGUAGUCGUCGUCGCAUCGGUCGCUCACGAUCCAGAUCGCGGCACACACAGUUCAGUGUGCCGUGGAUUAUUGACUGUGUAUAAGGUGGAAAUCUUUUGUUUUGUGCAUUGAUUUUUGACAGCGGCUUUGACAACGAUAGCGGUAGGUGGGAGUCAGAAGGUUGUGCUGUGACGUGAAUGUAAACGUAAAUAAUUUAGUUGCGCGAUCAGGGAGCUGCUGGUGAUUGUGGAACGUUCAAGUUUUACAUACUGUGCUGGUGGAAAACCCCAUUGGAUAGCGUUCAUUGGCCUGUUAUAUUAAAAACUGUGCUAGCGGCGCCUCUUGAGUGCGGAAGAUAGAUUUUUCGCAGACAAAAACCAAAUCACUAGCAUGAAUUGAGCAAGUCUCAAAUUACUAGAGUAAACCAUUGCGACGCGAAAAAAUCAGAGAGAAACAGUGAGCGAAACCUUUUUCGUCAUGGAGUUGAAGAACGCAAAGGCCGAACACAAGAAGCAAUCUCAAGAUAAAGCGACUGGCUGCGAGCUGGGAAUCAAUGAGCAAACAGGACGACUGCAGUGGUGCCCGGGAUAUCGGUUCGCGAAGCUGCUGUUUGUGAUACCGGCUGCGAUGCUGCCGGUGGCGUUGUUCUUUUUACUGUUUACACGACUGCACGUGGCUGGAUCGGUGAAGUUUUCCGCGCAUCAUUAUCAGUCGCUGAGUUAUUAUUCCGACCAAUCAAACCAAUUGGAUGACCUACAAUCUCGGUGCGAGGCAGUGCGAAAUACAUUUUCGGAAGUGCUGGACGUUGAAGAGCGAGAUAUUCUCAGAGAUUUGCGAACUUCCUUCGUUCCUAGCAUGCCGGCGAGUGUCCCAGCCCGUUGUGUCGACACCGUGCGGCGCGAUGAUUUGCUCGCCAUACCUGAGGAUGUUGAAGCAUCGGAUAUUGUCGCCAUCCAUCGAAAAAAGCGGCUUGCAGUACGACGUAGAAAGGCAAAAAAGUCGAUUGCUCCGGGUAUCACGUGGAGUAACGAAGGUAGCCCAGAAAGCGUGCGGAUGGCGCAAGUGGAAAUUAUGAAGCAAUACAUGGAUACCACGGCUGAUCCUUGCGAUGAUUUCUAUCAGCACGCUUGCGGUAAUUGGGAUCGCGUUAAUCCCAUUCCAAAGGAUAAAGCCGGGUUGGAUACGUUCGAAAUAUUGCGAGAAAGUUUAGAUGUUGUGUUGAAAAAUCUCCUGCUGGAAACUAAAGAUGGUGGAGUGGUUGAUAUAGAAAACACCAUAUCCACCACAGUGUCACCUCUGUUCAAUGAACAUCUUCGACGAGUGAGAAAAAGGAUUAUGGGAAAGCGAGCCGUGCUGAAUAGAUUGGUGGUGAAGGCACAGUUGCGUAAAGUUGAGAAACGAGAGUUGGCACAUUUUACAACGGAAAAUAAUGCAAAUAAUGCUGAAAUGAAGGCACGCCACCUAUUCAUAUCCUGUAUGAACUACAGUCUGAUCGAGCAGCGUGGACUCCAGCCGUUGUUAGAUUUACUGCACUCACUCGGCGGAUGGCCUGUGCUGGAUCCCAACUGGCGUUCCGAUAGUUUCGAUUGGCUCAAUUUAACAGCUCAGAUACGAAGGUACAACAAUGACAUAUUGAUAGUUGAAUGGGUCGGUCCGGAUAUCAAGAAUUCGGAUGAAAAUAUUAUUCAAUUCGAUCAAACAUCUCUGGGUUUGCCAACACGUGACUACUUUCUUCAAGCAAGUAAUAAAAAAUAUCUGGAUGGAUAUAAACAGUUCAUGGUUGACAUUCUUAUUUUAUUGAACGUUCACCCCGAUGUCGCCAAUGAAACUGCCAAUGAUACUAUAGAGUUCGAGGUGCAACUAGCGAAUAUUACAAGCUCGGUGGAGGAACGCAACAAUGUGUCCGUUUUGUACAAAAAGAUUAUCCUUGAGAAUCUCCACGAUGAAGUCCCCGAGAUAGAUUGGACGCGUUAUCUAACGAUUGUAAUGAACCGACCCAUGAACAGCUCGGAAUUUGUGGUGAUGUUUGCGCUCAACUAUAUGAAAGAUUUGGUUCAACUAAUCGCUCAGACCGAACCGCGAACGGUUGCCAAUUACAUUCUGUGGCGGUUUGUGAGGCAUCGCAUCAAUAAUCUGGAUGAUAGAUUUUUGCAAGCGAAGCAAAAGUUUUCCAAUGUACUAUUUGGACGGGAGAAAAAUCCUCCACGUUGGAAAAACUGUGUGAAUCAGGUUAACGCCAACAUGGGAAUGGCCGUCGGUGCGAUGUUUGUUCGGAAGUACUUCGAUGAGAACAGUAAACGUGAUACGCUAGCAAUGACACAUGAAUUGCAGCAGGCAUUUCGAGAAAUUCUGAAUGAAACGAAAUGGUUGGAUGGACAGACAAAGCGUCUAGCUGAAAUGAAGGUGAAUGCAAUGUCUCUAAGGAUUGGAUAUCCAGAUUUUAUCCUAUCCCAUAAGGAGCUGAAUGAUAAAUAUUCCGAUCUGCAAAUUCGUCCAGAUAAAUACUUUGAGAAUACACUGAAUGUUUUGAGCCACAUCCGACGAACCGAUCAGGAUAAAAUCGGUCAAACGGUAAACAAAACAGCUUGGAAUACAGCGCCAGCGGUCGUGAAUGCGUAUUACAGUCGAAACAAAAAUCAGAUAAUGUUUCCCGCUGGGAUACUGCAGCCUCCUUUCUAUCAUCGAUACUUUCCCAAGUCGAUGAAUUAUGGUGGAAUUGGUGUCGUUAUAGGGCAUGAGCUGACGCAUGGUUUCGACGAUAAAGGACGACUAUUUGAUAGGGAAGGAAAUUUGUAUCGAUGGUGGAGUGAUCAUGCAAUUGAAGCAUUCCAUGAACGUGCCUCCUGUUUAGUACAGCAGUACGGAAAAUACACAAUCGACGAAGUAGGUGUUCAGAUUGAUGGUGAAAGUACUCAGGGCGAGAACAUUGCUGACAAUGGAGGUAUAAAGCAAGCAUUUCGAGCCUACACCAAGUGGUUAUCAGAGCAAACAAGUACAGAAGUGCUGGAGAACGAAACUCUACCGGGAUUGAAUGUUACUAACAAGCAAUUGUUUUUCCUCAAUUUUGCACAAGUUUGGUGUGGAGCAAUGCGACCAGAAGCCACUAGAAAUAAACUCAAAACUGCCGUUCACAGUCCCGGGAAGUUCCGAGUCAUCGGAACACUGUCCAACUCGGAGGAUUUUGCGCGGGUUUACGAUUGCGCUCCGGGAACACCCAUGAAUCCGGCUGACAAAUGUAGCGUUUGGUAGGAUCAACCCUCAAGGAACCCAAUCAGGAGACUGCUAUGUGUUAUGUAAUGUUAGAUGAUAACUCUAGUUCACACAAAACCAUCAAACUGUUCCAGUAAAAGUCAUUCCACACCGUGUAUGAACGUUAUAGCUGCAAUAAAUAUAUGUUAUUACUAGUCGUAA